UAUAAAUGUUAACCUAAAGUGAUUAUGAUUAAAUUUGUUGCGUAGUCCACAUAAACUCAACUCAGUGUUGUUUUCGUCGCAGAACGUUGAGGAACGAAUGUGCAGGUAACGGUUUUCCGCUGGCCAAACCUGUUAUCGUGCAAACACUUUGGCAGCAUCACAAGAGACUCGCAAUGGCAGACAGUAAUGAAAAAUAUAUAUUCUACGGAGGUCCCACGGAGGAGAGCGUCGAAGCGGGUUGUCAAUCUUUGGGAGCGCUGAUUAUCAAGCGGCUUCGUGAGAAUGGAGACUGCGUAGCAUUCACGGAUGGCGUAACCGGAGAGUCGACCACCUCCAGUGACAUGCUGGAACAAUCGGUUCGGCUGGCGAACCGGUUCCAUAGGAUCGGCAUCAAAAAAAACACGGUCGUGGCGAUCAUGUGCGAAAACCGUCUCGAGCUCCCGUUGGUAACGUUCGCGGCCACAUACAUGUCCGCUAUCCCGGUACUACUAAAUCCAGCCUACACUUCCGCCGAACUGGAACACGUUCUAAAACUAACCACACCGAAAGCAGUCUUCGUAUCACCGAUCGCCAUGGACACUUUACUCUCAGUGUAUAGAAAAGUGCCCUCCAUAAAAUUGACCGUCCUUUUCGAGGCGACCAAGAAACCAAACAACAAAAUAACUCUUUUCAGGGAGCUGUUCGAUCGCAACAAGCUAAAAAACGCUAAAUUUUUUACCCCUCAGCCGGUGAAUCUGCACAAACAGGUCGCCAUGAUGGUUUUAUCAUCGGGAACAACCGGACUGCCCAAGGCAGUCCAGUUGACCCAUUAUAAUCUGAUGGCCGUUUUGGCCUACAGUCGAGAAGACCUCAAAAAUAGCGGUCUACCACCAAACAUACGGGGUCUCGGACUGCUGCCCUUCUUCCAUAUCUACGGCUACAUGGUGCUUCUGGGUGCCUUCUGCAAUAAUCGAGAAAUAGUUAGCCUCCCCCGCUUCGAACCGAAACUAUUUCUGUCAACAAUCCAAAACUACAAAAUCUUCGGUGCCGCUCUAGUGCCACCUUUGAUGGUAUUUCUAGCAAAGCAUCCCCUUGUUGAUCAGUACGACCUCAGCUCCCUCAUGUUGGUCGGUUGUGGUGCUGCUCCACUGAGUAAAGAGAUCGAAGAGAUGGUACAGCAACGUUUACCAAAUAUUCAGCUAAUCCGCACGGGAUAUGGAAUGAGUGAAACCUCCCUUGGGGUCCUAACAAGGAUAUCGGGCAAACCUGGAAGCGUUGGUCGUGUGAACCGAAUGUCCUGGGUGAAAAUCGUUGAUAUAGAAACCGGUAAAACGCUCGGACCAAAUCAGGUGGGAGAAAUCUGCGUCAAAGGUCCGAUGGUUAUGAAAGGUUACUUGCGCAAUGAGCGCGAAACCCGCUCAACAAUCGAUGCCGAUGGAUGGCUCCACACAGGAGACACCGGGUAUUUCGAUGAGGAUGAAGAUUUUUUCAUCGUGGACCGCAUCAAGGACCUCAUCAAGUACAGAGGUUUUCAGGUAGCUCCUGCCGAACUCGAAGCGGUUCUCCUUACGAACGAGAAGAUCAAGGAUGCGGCGGUAAUUGGCAUACCGGAUGAAGCCAACGGCGAGCUUCCGAUGGCCUUUGUGGUCCUGCAGCCGGGCGCCGAGUUAACUGAAGCGGACGUUAAAGCGUGGGUUGCAGCUCGAUUGUCCAAGCAGAAACAUUUGCACGGAGGAGUUCGGUUCGUUGCCGAGAUUCCGCAAACUACGAGCGGAAAGAUAUUACGCCGGGAGCUGCGAAAGCUGGUGACGAAGUCUAAAUUGUAGAAGGAAAGAGAGGUAGGUGUUUAUCUCGCGCGUCAGCUCGUACGAGCUGAUAAAGUAGGUUUAUUAGCACUGCUAAUGAUUUAUACCCGUAUCGUGUUACAGUGUAAAUAAAAAUCUUGAAAAUGA